AUGGCCGCAUCUGUUGUGUACAACGAUGUCAAAGAGGGAUUCGACUUCGAAUCCGGCGGAAACUUAUUCGCAGGUAAAAAAUUCUGGGUCGCGCAGCGCGUACCGACGCGGAACCGCCUACUGGAUGAGAUCAAGGCCAAUGGCGGAGAGAUUGUGCUGCUGGAGAAGAAGGCCGACUAUAUGAUUGCCGAUCACUUCCGAAGAGAUUGUCCACCGGGUUCGAUCUCAUACGAGUUUGUCACCAAGUCAAUCAAGAAUGGAGAACUGUGCGACCCCAAAAACCAUCCAGCUGGUCCGCCGUUGGGCGAGGUGCGAGAACCGGGAGCCAUCCACCAGCCUACCAAGAGCGGGAGGACGCCAUACACAGCAGAAGAAGACAGAAUACUCUACAAAUGGGCACAUGAAGCUGAGUCAAGCGGUAGCCCUGUGAGUGGGAACAAGAUUUACCAAGAAUUGGAGCAGAAGUACCCGCAACACACAUGGCAAUCAUGGCGCGAUCGCUAUCUCAAGCAACUCCGAAACCGCCCUCCAUCUGCCUUCAGCUUACCCGACAAUGCUCCUCCGUCUCCCUCGUCUGACCAAGCCAAUAAACGUACGCCUCCAGCCGCAUCGUCUUCCAGCACCAACAGACAACAUACAUCUAAACAGGAGCAGGAACCGACUGCGAAGAAACCCAGUGCCAAAAAAGACUAUAGUGUCAUUGAGCUGGAAGGACUUUUUACUACGGAUGAUUGGCUAGAGCUCUACGCCUUUGCGGAUACAAUUAGUAGCCUAGAAAUGAGCGACGAGUAUGAUUCGGCAUGGGAAAAAUGGGCAGAGCAGCAGGACAAUCAAACCGCUGUACAAUGGCGGCAGUACUUUGAAAAGGUGGUUCGUCCGCAAUGGCUCAUCGAUCCAGUGUCAAAAAGGGAAAGGGUCAAGAGAAAAGUCGAGAAGAAGCAUGAUGAAGACAACCACAACCAGAGUCAAUCAAUCAGCCAACCGUUUUCUCAAUCGAUCAAACCAGAGGAAGAAGCUGCGCAGUCCACAGUCCCAGUAGAGGGCGAUACACCAGUGCAGACACCAGGUUUUAACAAUGAACGCUUCGAAGAAUUGAUUAAUAACGAACACAACAACAAAGUCCCAUCAGCCUACAAGUUCUUUGCCCGUGAAAAGAAGCAAGAAACUUUGAAUGCACAUCCUGGUAGGGGUUACACUGCACUACAUAUCGUCUUAAUAAAUCAAUGGUCCUCUCUCUCGAUAGAAGAGAAAGCACCAUAUCUGGCUAUGGAUAAAAAAGCUACUGCGCAAGCCUCGGAAGAGACUGAAAACUCUACCAAAACAGCACAAGCACCUACGAGAUCCCCAUCUUCAAAAGCUCAACACGAGUCCCCUAAAUUCCAUGUUGAGAAAAACGAGCAGUUUAUCAAGCGAUCACGAGAAGAUGAUGAGACAGAAGAGCAGGAUGAAGAGAUUGAGUCACCUCGACUUAUCAAACGACGGAAAAGCGGAAGUGCAACGCCCACCAAGAACAACAUAUUAGAGACGCCAACCGAAAAGACUGGUACCCAACAGCAGCCACUGGAGAUUUCAUCGUCUGCAGACUCACAGGACACAAUUCAGUCAAAGUCCAUCAAGGAGCAGGUUAGGCCAGAUAUACCCGACUCUGUAGAAGAUGACGAGGCCACCAUGGUUGAGCUGGAUAGGCAGGGUGCAGAAAAGGAAGUGGAGAGUAUCGAGUCGGACGAGUCUCUAGAUAUACAUCAUCUGCGUCAACCACCAGGUUACGAAACAGGUUCAGAAGAUGAUCUACUUUCAAACACGCCAACACCACGAGCCACGCGCCAGAAAGUGUCAAAUUUCGAUACUCAGGCGAUCCUAUCCUCACCUAGUCAAGACGGGUUUCCGCGCUCAAUUGGCUUUGCUCAAGAACCGAAUUUUCAACAGGAGCUACUGUUUUCAUCGCCUCAGAUUCCAGGAUCUGAUGCGUCCACCACACAAUCGAUGGAAGAGUUUCGCCGCUCCCUCCCGGAAGAGGAUGCGGGUGAAGCCACUUACCCUCAAUAUCCACCCCAACCUCUCCGCUUAUCCUCUUCUCCAGCACCCUCUACUAGCUCGGGCGACCCCGACCCACCGCUCAACGCCGAAGAAAUCAACGAAUUCUAUGACGAGCAAAAUGCCCAAGGGUUUCCCAACGAUUUCAUCAGUGCAGCGCUCAAACGUACAGGCUUACGUCCCGAGCUUGCUGUCAAAGUGCUCGAUGCGUGGAAGCAGGGCAAGCCUCUGCCUAAUGAAAGGGGUAUAUGGAGCAAGGAGGACGAUACGGCUGUAGAAAGUGGAGAUGGGGUUGAAUUAGCUAAGCUAAUAAGGAAGCAUACAGACGACGGCUGGGGUGGGGUUACUGAGCGUAUAGUAUUUUUAGAGGGAUAUCGAAGUCGAUGA